ACAAUGCUCUGUGGUUUGAGUCCCUUGAUCAUGUGCCCAAGGGAAGUAAGUCGCUGGUGGUAGCCGUGGGUGACAAGUUGCUGGGGUUCAUCUCCAGCUCAUCUCACACUUGGGCUUCUCAGGGAGGAGGGGCCGGAGCCCUGGCCCACCAUUCGCACAAUGAUCCUCGGGUUACUCCUGGCUCUCAACUUCUUCCCCUCAAUUCAAGUAACAGGAAACAAGAUUUUGGUGAAGCAGUCGCCCAUACUUGUGGUGAACGACAAUGAGGUCAACCUUAGCUGCAAGUACACCUACAACCUCUUCUCAAAGGAGUUCCGGGCAUCCCUUUAUAAGGGAGCAGAUAGUGCUGUGGAGGUCUGUGUUGUGAAUGUAAAUUACUCCCGCCUGCUUCAGUUUAAACCAAAUACAGGAUUCAACUGCGAUGUGAAGUAUGGCAACGAAACAGUGACAUUCUACCUCCGGAAUUUGCACGUUAACCAAACGGAUAUUUACUUCUGCAAAAUCGAGGUCCUGUAUCCGCCUCCUUAUAUAGACAAUGAGAAGAGUAACGGGACUAUUAUCCAUGUGAAAGAGAAACAUUGUCCAGCUCCUCGGCCUCCUGAGUCUUCUAAGAUAUUUUGGGUGCUGGUGGUGGUAAAUGGAGUCGUAGCUUUCUAUAGCUUGGUAGUAACAUUGGCUCUUUUUUUCUACUGGAUGAAGAGUAAGAGAACCAGGAUGCUUCAGAGUGACUACAUGAACAUGACCCCCCGCAGGCUGGGGCCCACCCGGAAGCACUACCAGCCCUAUGCACCAGCACGUGACUUUGCAGCCUACCGCUCCUGACACGGACGCCUAUCCAGAUGCAGGCCGGCUGGCACCUCUUCACCUGCUCAACACCACUGCUCUGGAUAGGAAAGGACUGCCUCAUCUUCAGCCAGCCACCGCGGGCUCCUGUUAAGCCACCAGUGCCAAUAUUUCUUAAAUAACUAGACUGAAUAACAUCAUUUUGAGACUCUGAAGUGACAUUAAAGAACGUUACUGUGGCAGGCUCUAUCUUGUAGUGCCAUGGCCCAGAUGCAAA